CUUCUUAUAAACCAGCAUUUUGAAAAGAAACUUUUGCAGGGGAGUGACUUUCUGGUUGCUUUUUUGCAGGAAAAUGGCUUUGUUGGGGAUUCUGGUUGUGGCGUUUUUCUCAAUUAUUUCAUAUGCUCAUGGGUAUCAGAGGAACCAUGGAUACCAUGGAGCUUGGAUUAAUGCUCAUGCCACUUUCUAUGGAGGUGGUGAUGCCUCCGGAACAAUGGGUGGAGCUUGUGGGUAUGGGAACCUGUACAGCCAAGGGUAUGGUACCAACACAGCAGCAUUGAGCACUGCAUUGUUCAACAAUGGCUUGAGCUGUGGGGCAUGCUUUGAGAUCAGGUGUGUCAAUGACCCACAGUGGUGCCUUCCUGGCUCCAUUGUGGUCACUGCCACAAACUUUUGCCCACCAGGGGGCUGGUGUGACCCUCCUAAUCACCACUUCGAUCUCUCUCAACCUAUCUUCCAACACAUUGCCCAAUACAGAGCCGGUAUUGUCCCUGUCAUGUACAGAAGGGUGAGAUGCAGGAGAAGUGGGGGGAUUAGGUUCACAAUCAAUGGCCAUUCCUACUUUAAUUUAGUGCUCAUAACAAAUGUUGGAGGUGCUGGUGAUGUUCAUUCUGUGGCAAUCAAGGGCUCAGGAACCAGAUGGCAGCCAAUGUCAAGAAAUUGGGGCCAGAAUUGGCAGAGCAACUCUUACCUCAAUGGCCAGAGCCUCUCUUUCCUUGUCACAGCCAGUGAUGGCGGCAGUCUGGUGUCUUACAAUGUUGCCCCUGCUAGUUGGUCCUUUGGACAAACGUACACUGGAAGACAGUUUAGGUAUUAAUUACCAUCCAUCCCCCCAUCCCCUGCAAAAUAUGAAGCAGAACUUCCCCUAAAUCAGGGUUUCCAUUAUAUGAUAAAAGUGUUAAUCUUUCUUGGGUCAAUCUUAAAUUUAAAUAUGACCCUUUUUUAUGUAGUAUGAUUAGUGUGAGUGUGAGUUUUUGCAGUUCACUCCUUAGGCUUUGUAUUCAAGCAUGGAGAAGUAAUUGCUUUGUGAGAGGGAGAUUCUAUAAUAGGGAAUAUUGAUUACAAAUCUGUCUUAAUGUAAGUUAUGUAGUGGAAUUUUACUAUCCAUUUGGUAUUGUUUGAUAUAAGAAAGAGUUUUUCUUCAA